UUAGGUCUGAUCAACCUAACCCACACAUUCCUCUGCAUGCUUGUCUACGAGGGCCUCCCGCACAUUCAAGUUCAUACUGCUCAGGAGCAGUGAGCUUGGAGUGUUCCUUUUAUCUUGAUCUCCCUCUGACAAAGAAAUCCAGAUGACACAGAAACCACUGAAGACAAUACCUGGAAAAUGGCAGUCUUGGAAAUAACUUUGGCUGUCAUCCUGACUCUACUGGGACUUGCCAUUCUGGCUAUUUUAUUAACAAGAUGGACGCGGCGCAAGCAAAACGAAAUUGAUGUCUCAAGAUACAGUUCAGAACAAAGUGCUGGUCUUCUGGACUAUGAGGAUGGUAGAGACAUUCCCUCUCAGAGAUCUAAAAGAGGAAGAGGAUUCCGGCAUUUGUAUUCAACAGAAAGUGAUACUUCAUAUGAUGAUCAAGAGGGAUCCAAAGGAGAUUACACACCAUCAGCCAACUCCCUAGCACUGUCUCGAUCAAGUAUUGGAGAACAAAGGGUGUUACUGCAAGGAUCCAUGAGUGAUGCAAAAGCCCUCAAAGCAACUCCAGAACCUUUAUCUGGCACUGCAGGACCCAUAACUGGAACCAUUGGACCCAUAAUGCAAUUCACAGCACCAAUUCCAGGAGCUACGGGACCUAUCAAGCUCUCUCAAAAAACCAUUGUGCAAACUCCAGGACCUAUUGUGCAAUAUACUGGGCCCAGUGACCAAAGGGAAUAUUUUCCCUCUUGUUAUAAUGACUUAAUGAGAAAGAACUCUAAACUGAGAGGGGAAAAAAGAGUGGAAGAGAAAAGGCUUGCAAAAAUACUUCUCUGUCUUCCAGCUGGUCCACCACCUUCAAUGCCCAGAGGUGUGCCCCUACCUGCCAUAAUGAUUUCACAGAGAACCUCAACAAGACCUGAGAAAUCUAAGACAAGACAAGAAGAACCAACACAUGUAGCAGUACCUAUCAUUACUCCAGUACCUAUUGUAAUUGGUCCAGUAGCAGUUGUGGACAGUUCUGGAAAAAUCACGCUAUCUCCUAUGGUUAUAUUUCCAGGUUACAUGGAUGCAGAACUUGCAAAAAAAUCAGAUUUCAAGGCCAAGAUUCUAAAAAAUGGAGCCACUACACAGUCUGAGAGCAGCCAAGAAGAAAACAAGAAAACAUUAAAGAAGGAAGUCUUAGUCACAGAUUCUGAUGAAUCCUUGACAUCAAGGCACAAACCAGAGUUAAAAAGCAAAGCAAAAGGCACUGAGUUGGAGAAAGGCGAGAUAGGAAUGGAGGUCAAGGAAAAGGAGAGUGACACCAAGAUACUGAAAGAGGAAGACCAAGUAAAGGUGAGUGACAUGGGAAUACCACAAGAACAAGAGGCCCAAGUAGAGAUGAAUGAUACUGGAAUACCACAAGAACAGGAGGACCCAGUAAAGAAGAGUGAAUCCGGAAUACCACAGGGACAGGGAUCCCAAGUAAAGAAGAGUGAGUCUGAAAUAAAACAAGGACGGGGAUCUCGAGUAAAGAAGAGUGAGUCUGAAAUAAAACAAGGACGGGGAUCUCGAGUAAAGAGUGACACCAGAAUACCACAAGGACAGGAGUCCCAGGUAGAGAACAGUGAAGCUGGAAUACUGAAAGGACAGGAGUCCCAGGUAGAGAACAGUGAAGCUGGAAUACCACAAGGACAGGAGUCCCCAGUAGAGAAUAGCGAGUCUGAAAUAACCCAAGUUCAGGGGCCUCAAGUAAAGAAAGAGAGUUCUGAGGAUCAAGGAAAGCAGGGAGAUGCAAGGAAGAAGAAAGAUACAGAAGAAAAUGAUGCUAUGAGGAAAAAUGAUGAAGGAAAGCACAAAGUUAAAGGAAAGAAAAAAUCGGAAAAGAGUAAAGAAAAAGGUUCACUAAGGAGCAAAGGCAAGUAGGGAAGAAAGUACAACAAAAAGACGGAAAGAGUAAAGAGCCGCACUUCCCAGGCGGGGGCGGGGGCGGUCCGGGAGGAGCAGGAGGCUGCGGCGGCAAGAGGCGGCGAAGGAACACUACCCUGGGUCGGAGGAGACCGGCCCCGACGCCAGCGUGGAGCUGGCCCCGCCCCUCCCUGCGCUGCUCCCGCCGCUGCCUCCCGGGCAACCGCGCAGAUCUUGGUAGCCCCGUCGGACCUCCGCUACGAGGGAGAGCGCUGGGACUGCAGAAGCUCACCUUGGAGGGCGCCGCCAAGCUGUCGCCGGACACACUGCAUUACCAGAGCCUGGGGGAGCGCACAGGAGGCUGCCACUGUGGAGCAGUCCUCUGAAAUGUUGGCCUCAGGGCACCUGCACAUCUUUGACCGCAACUGCAGCAUUUGA